AUGACUCGUAAAAAUAAACAUCAAAAGAAUUAUACAGACAGAAGUGAUGAUGAUGAUAAUAUUACUCACACCAAUGGUGCAACCUUUGCAACCUCUAUGAAUAGAACCCUUCAUGACACUAUGGUUAAUUCUAUGGCAGAAUGCUUUGCUUUACAACAAGGUAUAAUGAAUAUUCCUUUUUACGACGGGCAUAACAUGCCAGUCAAAGAUUUCAUUGAAGAUAUUUUGAAUGCUGCAUCAUCUAUUCCAAAGAAUUGCGAAGAUCAGUAUUUGAAAUCUAUUCUUGCUAAGUUAAAAGGUGCUGCUAGAAGUAGUACUCAAGGAGCAAAUGCAACCCUCGCAAAUUCAUAUGGAGCCCCUAAUGCUAAAAUUCAAAUGGAACCCCUAAAUUGUUGUGCCAUGGAAUCUUUCAUUAAAGGACUUCCAGACUCAAUGUCCACUGUAAUAGAGGCACGAAAUCCUGAAAAACUUAAAGACGCCUUUGAAAUUGCCCUACAAUGCGAACAACGUCACGAAAGUUAUAAGCCUGAUUAUAAUGCUUAUCAUUAUUCACGACAUCAACCACAAGAUUAUAGAUAUCGAGAAAGAAGUCCAAGUAAUAGAGUACAAUUCUCAUAUCCUUACGAUCAAACGAGAUAUCGUUCUCAAUCACCUACUCCUACGGGAAUAUUGAGAAAUCCAUAUCCUCCAUAUAUGCAAAACAAUCAUUAUCCACAACCAUAUCCUAAUCAACCUAAUUUUCAUCUUCCUAACGCUUAUAUGCCUUAUACAUCAUAUCCCUUUUACCCAUAUCCUCCUCCACAAGAAGGAUAUUUAAAUAAAAAUCAAGAUGGAAGUAGAACACCACCUCGUUCUCAAUCCCCAUAUUCAUUUGAAAAGAGUAAUUUAAACUCAAACACGACUCGACGAACAGACGCGACGACGAGUGCAGAUCCCAAAGAGCGUCCAGCCAAUGCGAGAAUCCUAUCCUUUCAAACAUCAUCAGCAAUCUUAUUAAUAGACACAGGAGCCGAUGUAAACAUAAUUAAGGAGAAUAUAUUAUUGCCAGAAUUAAACAUAAUUCAAGAAGAAGCCAUACAUAUAGCUGGAAUCGUUCCUAUAAAAAUUUUAACACUAGGAACAGUCCAAAUUGAAAUAAAUACAAAACCAAUAACUUUCCAAGUAGUUUCCACAGAUUUUCCUAUAGAAUCUGACGGCAUACUAGGUAGAGAAUACCUUCGUGAAGAAAAAGUUGAAAUUUCUUUUUGGCAUAAUACAAUAGUCACACAUUCAAAUCCUAUAAAACCAAUAUUUUUCGCAGAUAAAGAAUCAACUGAAGCUAGAGAUGCAUUAACCGAAAAUAAGGCUAACAAAAGAAGAAAUAUAACUAUUAAAGCUAGAACAAGACAAGUAAUACCAAUUGAUGUUCUAGAUACAGAAUUAAAGGAAGGAUAUUUGCCUUUAAUAAAAACAGCAGAAGGAUUACUAGUAGGUGAAGGAGUAGUAACGAACCAUGAUGGAGUUUGUCAUAUUUACGCUAUAAAUAUGACAUCUGAAGACGCAGAAAUCGAAAUACCACCUCAAGAGUUAAUUCCUUUUGAAUUUUACAAAUUACCUGGUGAAGAUUCAGAUGGUUACUCGACAGAAGAAGAAUACACACCACCAAUAGAUAGAGUUUCAGCCAUAUUAGAAUAUCUAAGAUUAGAUCACUUAAACAAAGACGAAGAAGAACAUGUAACACAAAUUAUUAAAGAAUUUCCAGACAGUUUUCAUCUCCCAGGAGAACAACUCACCCCAACUAAUAUGGUUCAACAUAAAAUCAUUACAAAAGACGAAAUACCAAUCCACGUUAAACAAUAUAGAUUUUCACCUACUCAAAAAGAAGAAAUCGAUAAAGUCAUCGAUAGAAUGAAAUCCGAAGGAGCUAUAGAUUCCUCUUGUUCACCAUAUAACUCACCAUUAUUAAUAAUUCCAAAAAAGAUUGACGGAAGUGGUAAGAAAAAGUGGCGAAUAGUAAUUGAUUUUCGAGCACUAAACGAGAAGACAAUUGGUGAUUGCUAUCCAUUGCCAAAUAUUACUGCUAUACUUGACACCAUCGGAGGCGCUCAAUAUUUCUCGGUAUUUGAUUUAGCCAGUGGAUUCCAUCAAAUUGAGUUAGACCCUAACGAUAGGUCAAAAACAGCAUUUUCUACUACACAUGGACAUUAUGAAUACAUAAGAAUGCCCAUGGGAUUAAAAAAUUCACCAUCAACGUUCCAAAGAUUAAUGGAUCAAGUUUUAACUGGACUUCAAGGUGUUGAAUUAUUCGUGUAUUUAGACGACAUCGUAGUGUACGCAAAUGAUCUAGAAGAACAUGGCAAGAAGGUAAGAAGAUUACUACAAAGAUUAAAAGGUGCCAACCUUUCAUUACAACCAGAAAAAUGCGAAUUUCUUUUCAAAGAAGUAGCAUACUUGGGACAUAUAAUAAGCAGUGAAGGAGUAAAACCUAAUCCAAAAACUGUAGAAGCGGUUAAAAAUUUUCCGACUCCUAAAACACCAAGAAAUAUAAAACAAUUCUUAGGAUUGGCAGGAUAUUAUCGAAGAUUUAUCAAGGAUUUUUCAGCAAAGGCCAAACCAUUGUCUAAUCUACUAAAAAAGGAUGUAAAAUUCGAAUGGAAACAAGAACAGGAAGCUAGUUUCAAAGAGCUAAGAGAAGCUCUAUGCACUAACCCAAUUUUACAGUAUCCAGACUAUGAAAAACCUUUCACAUUAACAACUGAUGCAUCUGAUUUUGCUAUAGGUGCAGUAUUAAGUCAAGAAAAAGAUGGAUUUGACUUGCCUAUUGCUUAUCUUUCCAGAGUAUUAAAUGCGCCAGAAUUAAACUACUCCACAACUGAGAAGGAAUGUCUAGCAGUACUAUAUGCAGUUCAUCACUUUAGACCUUAUAUUUAUGGAAAGAAAUUCACUUUAGUUAGCGAUCAUGAACCAUUAAGGUGGAUUGCCACUAUAAAAGAUCCAGGACAACGACUUAUAAGAUGGAGAUUAAAACUGAGAGACUACGAGUAUGAAUUUCAGCAUAAAUCGGGAAAAUUAAACACCAAUGCCGAUGCCCUAUCCAGAAAUGUUAUAGAAGACGAAAUAAAUGAAAAUUCCCAAAUCAACGUUGAUCAAAAACAAGUAAAAAUUUUAAUCAAUAAACGUGUUGAUAAAAUUCCAAAGAAACCAACUAAACCAUCAACAACCGCUCUGUCUAAUCCUCAAAAGUCAAAAAUACAACCUCCAAAAUCAAUAUUAAAACCAUCUACUUUAAAAUCUACUUUAGAACAAAGUACUAUUGGUUCAAGACUAGCACAAAGACGAGCUGCACAACAAUCUACUUUGAAAUCUACUCUAGAUCAGAAUACUACUGAUUCAAAAUUGACACAAAGACAAGCUUUACAACCAUCCACUUCAAAAUCCAAUUUUAAUCAAAGCACUAUUGGAUCAAGAGUAGCACAAAGACGAGCAUUACAACCUAGAGUAAAAACAAUAGACGAAGAAUCAAUUGACAGUAGCACUGACGAAGAGAGAGAGAUACCAAUUCCUCCCAUUCAAAAGGCAAGUAGAAGCUUACUUCCCAGUUUGAAACUUCCACCAGCGGCUAUAAAAAAUAUACCAGGUCCUAAAAGUGCACCCCCACAAAUACAACCCAAAGUUGUAAACUUCCCAAUCCCAGAAACCACUGUAAUAACAAUAGAACCACCAGUUAGCGAGAGUGAAGAAAGCUCUGACGAAGAAGAAGCUAACGCAAUGAACUUAAGCAGAAAAGAAAUAGCUAAAGAUCUAGGAAAUUCCAUAUCUCGUUUUAAUGAAUAUGUAAAACAACAUGAAGAUUGGCUAAUAGACUCACCACAAUCCCCUAGAAAUUGGCUCACUCUUUCUGACGGAAACGACGAUGAAAGUAUUCAUAAAGCGGCUAAUGAAUUAAUUCCAGGAGACCACACGGAAUUUUCACAAAAAUUAGAUUUCCAAUGGGAUUAUGCCAAAGGCGAAUCUAUGUGGGAAGACAAACAAAUAAACAACUCAAACAAUGAAACAUUUACUAAAAAAGUUGUAAAUCCAGAAGAAACAAUACAUUUAACACCAAGAAAGCUCACACGGAUAUAA